AUGCUACUCACAGUGGAGCCCGGAUUUGGCAUGGAAUGUGAAGGAAUACGCAAAAACACGGUGCGUUGCGACUUUGGCUUCCUGAAGCGUGAUCUAACCGUGCUGGAGCUGCACAACUUCGUCGAGCAUUUUCUGGAGCUGCAACCGGAGCAGCUGAAAUUUCUGCAGUGGAACGGUAUCGAGCGCUGCCUGUAUAUGCGGCUGAGUGAUCUGAUAACGGCCAAGCGUUUGGUGGCGAUCAACAACAGGCGUCAUUCGUUCCCGGAGGGCAGCCAGGGAUCCCGUGUCGCGCUCAAGCUCGUGGAUGUCCCGGCGGAUGUGCUGCUGUUCGACCUGUCCGAGCUGGUGACGGACGAGCAGGUGAAGGAGGUCAUGGAGGAGUUCGGCGUGGUACUCGCCAUCGGCCACAGCCAUUGGGGUCCGGGAGUCCGCUACGCCGGCAUUAGCAGUGGCCAGCGGCUGGUGCGGAUGGUUAUCCGCAAGGCACUGCCGCGCUACGUGCGCAUCGGGAACGAGCUGUCGACCAUCGGCUUCAACGAUCAGGAGAAGAUAAACAACUUCUUGGGAUUUCGUAUGCUGCAUAACGUUGUCCGUGGAUGGCGCUUCAUGGGGCGUGUGGUACGUUCGUUCACGCCGUGA